AUGCUCCCCAAUGGCACCUGCACCAGGCUCCCGGGCGGUGCAGGCAGCGACAGCGGCGGCAGCGACAGCGGCGGCGGAGGAGCCGGCGGCCCCUUGGAGGAAGCGGCGGCAGGGGGCAUGGACUCGGGCGGCAGGAACUCCUCUGGCGCUCCGAACAGCACCCUGAGCGAGUCUCAGGGCAGCGCCAUCCUCAUCUCAUUCAUCUACUCCGUGGUGUGCCUGGUGGGGCUGUGCGGCAACUCCAUGGUCAUCUAUGUGAUCCUGCGCUAUGCCAAGAUGAAGACGGCCACCAACAUCUACAUACUCAACUUGGCCAUCGCGGACGAGCUGCUGAUGCUCAGCGUCCCCUUCCUGGUCACCUCCACCCUGCUGCACCACUGGCCCUUUGGCUCGCUGCUCUGCCGCCUGGUGCUCAGUGUAGACGCCAUCAACAUGUUCACCAGCAUCUACUGCCUGACCGUGCUCAGCGUGGACCGCUACAUCGCUGUGGUGCACCCCAUCAAGGCGGCGAGGUACCGCCGGCCCACUGUGGCUAAGAUGGUCAAUCUGGGCGUCUGGGUGCUUUCCAUCCUCAUCAUCCUACCCAUCAUCAUCUUCUCCAACACAGCGGCCAACAGUGAUGGAACGGUGGCUUGCAACAUGCUCAUGCCAGAGCCCACCCAGAGGUGGCUGGUGGUCUUUGUGGUCUACACCUUUCUGAUGGGCUUCUUGCUGCCUGUGGUGGCCAUCUGCCUCUGCUACAUCCUUAUCAUUGCCAAGAUGCGCAUGGUGGCCCUGAAGGCCGGCUGGCAGCAGCGCAAACGCUCAGAGCGCAAGAUCACUCUCAUGGUCAUGAUGGUGGUGAUGGUCUUCGUCAUCUGCUGGAUGCCCUUCUACAUCGUGCAGCUGGUCAAUGUCUUUGUAGAGCAGGAUGAUGCCACCAUCAGCCAGCUCUCCGUCAUCUUGGGCUAUGCCAACAGCUGUGCUAACCCCAUCCUCUAUGGCUUUCUCUCGGACAAUUUCAAGCGGUCCUUCCAGCGGCUGCUCUGCCUCAGUUGGAUGGACAAUGCUGCAGAGGAACCCAUCGACUACUAUGCCACUGCCCUCAAGAGCAGGGCAUACAGCGUGGAGGACUUUCCCCCGGACAACUUGGAGUCAGGGAGCAUGUACAGGAACGGCACUUGCACCUCCAGGAUUACCACCCUCUGAGGAAGCAUUCCUGCCCUACCGCCCCCCCACUGCCCCCAGCAGGAGGGUGAGCGAGGCCAGGGCUGUGGCACAGGGAGGACGGGAGGGAGGGGGUUUUGGUCCAGCCCACCGACAGCAGCGUUUGG